GGCAUGAUAAGAUGGAGAACAUGCGAUAUGCUGAGGAGCUGGUGAUAGAGUUUCUUGUUUUUAGAGGGUUUACAAAUACUUUGCAAGCUCUUGAGACUGAGUUAAGCACAGAUAUAGGCAAAGGGUUUCAAGUGGAUAAGAUAUUGGAGUUAAUCUUCUUGGUAUAUAUUCCCAUGUUUCAAGCAGAAUAAUUGGUUAGUGUACUGUGUUUUUUCAAGAAGUGCUUUUCGUCAGCAUCGGAGACAGUACUUACUGCUACUCUAUCAAAACUUGAGGUCGCUAUUCUACGCUACUAUAUUGUUCAUGCCUUACAAUCAGGAAGAAAAGACAAAGUUUUAGAGUUUUUUGGAAUUAAUGGAAAUGAUUUGCUGCAGAGGGGCCAAGAUUGGGCUCCAUGGUUUGCCAUUCCUUAUUUAAAAAAUCCAAGCUUGGAUCCUCAGUUUCGCAUAUAUUUCUCAAAGGAAUGGGUUAAAGCCUUGCGACUUUCUGUGACGAAUUUUUUUAGUGAGAUUUUCAACGGAAUUCGUCUCCCUGCCCUCUUGAAGAUCAGUUCAGAGAAGAACACUGUAAACCGUCUCAAAAAGGACAUCAAACAACUUAAUGUUAAGCUGUCACAACUUCAGGCCUUACUGGAGGAAAAAGAGUCUCAGUUAAACCGGUUAAGGAAUAAUUCUGAGUCAAUGAAGGAUGCAAGCCCGAGACAAACUCAGUGUUCUACUCCAUCAAGUAGCUUGCAUGAAGAAAAUGUUCUUCUUUCUGCAAACAGUCAAGAAGCUUUUUCUACUGCUAUAACAUAUUUGGAUGAGAUAGAACCUGGUCAGGAAUUGGCCACUGGUCUACCUCCCAAAGUUUUGUCAAGACUUACUGGAUCCAAGUCUGGAAAUGAUUCAAGUUCUCGUUCAACUCUUGAUGCUGAAGAUGCUGGAGCUGGUGAUUCCAUUCAAAUGUACUACAAUAUUCCUUACAGUGAGAAUGGUAGAGAAAUGCUGGGAGAAGAAGAAUUCCCAGAAUUGAAAGUAGAUUUCCAGAAGAGAUUUUUGGGCCAGACCAGUCCUAUCAGUUGCUGCCUCUUUUCUGCAUCUGGAAACAAUAUAGCUAGUGCUUCUGUGGAUGGCACUGUCAGGAUAUGGACUUAUGACUCGUCAACUCCAGCUUCUAGAAAUGCAACAAUAUACUGUGGGGCAGAGAUUAUGUCGCUUGAGUGGGAAUGUAAAUCUGACCGCUUGCUUCUAAUUGGCACUGCUGAUGGAGGCAUUAAAGCAUGGAAUGUUGAUGCUAAGAGAGUUGUCUGUGAUCUCAAUAAAACUGAAGCAUUUCCUAGUGUCUUGGACCUAAAGUGCAGCCCAGUAGAACCGAUAUUUGUUUCUGCUGCAGCAUCCAGAGGCUACGGCUCAUAUUGCUCAAAUUAUACUGAUACUUGGGGGGUUGCUUCUUUAACUGUCUGGAACAUGAAAACAUGGAAAGCUAUGACAGUCCUUCCUCUUGGUGAAGAUCCACCAGCAAUAACUUCCCUUUGCUUCAGUCACAACGGAAAGAUUCUAGCAGCUGCUGCAGUUGAUAGAAUGAUCCACAUGUUUGGUAUCCUUUUACAAUUAUAGUGUUUGAUGCAAUUGUUAAGUACCUAAUGGUUUUGGGGAAAUGUGAGCAUAAAUGUCUCAUCCACUGUUACUCAUGCUUUCCCUUAAUGUUGACAGGUGUACAAAUUUAAUUACAACAAUGGCAUUUUGAUAUUAGCAUUUUUUAUACUUUGUAGGUUCUUUGAACCUGAGACCUCAAAACAUUGUAGACAUGAGAUGGCUUUGGAUGCCAAUGGGAGGAGAUUAUUGGUAACAUCGGGUUCAGUAAGGGCACCGAUAUAUCAGGUUCGAGGUCAUGCUAGCGGUUUCAGAACUCUUCCCCACACAGUGGAUUGGCACCCAACCUUGCCUGUAUUUCUGACAGGCUCAGCUGAUCACUCAGUUAGAGUAACACCCAUUCUCUAA